AUGGCUACCUUCGCCCACUCGCAGGCGCCGCUGCGUACCGUGCAGGAAAUCCAGUUUGGUCUUUUCUCGCCCGAAGAAAUCAAGAAUAUGAGUGUCUGUCACAUCGAGUAUCCUGAAACAAUGGACGAGCAGCGCAAUCGGCCGCGCGAGAAGGGUCUGAAUGAUCCGAAGCUCGGCACCAUUGACCGGAACACCAUGUGCGCUACUUGCGGUGAAAGCCAGCAAGAGUGUCCUGGUCAUUUCGGCCACAUCGAGCUGGCGGCUCCGGUCUUCCACGUCGGUUUCAUUACCAAGAUCAAGAAGAUCCUCGAAUCGGUGUGCAACAACUGCGGAAAGCUCCUGGAAGAUGAACGCAAUCCUCAGUUUGCGCAGGCCGUGAAGAUUCGGGACCCGAAGCGAAGAUUCGAGCAAAUCGCAAAGCUGUGCAAGUCAAAGAUGGAUUGCGCCAUGGACGAGCCCGCUGAUGCGAACGACGGCUUCGGUGAAGACCCCAAGAAGCCCAAGAUUGCUGGUCACGGAGGCUGCGGCAAUGUUCAGCCGACCAUCCGAAAGGUUCAGCUGACGUUGACCGCGAGUACGAAGGUUGCAAAGUCCGAGGACGGCAACGAGGAGGGCGGCGUGGAGAAAAAGACCAUCACCCCUCAGGUUGCCCUCGACCUCUUCAAAAAACUUCGCGAGGAGGAUCUGCAUCGUCUGGGUCUGAAUGUCGACUACGCUCGACCGGAGUGGAUGAUCAUGACAGUCCUGCCCGUUCCUCCCCCGGCUGUGCGCCCGAGUAUCUCGGUUGAUGGCACAAGCCAGGGUAUGCGUUCAGAAGACGACUUGACAUACAAGUUGUCUGACAUCAUUCGCGCAAACUCCAACGUCCGACGUUGUGAGCAGGAGGGCUUGCCAGCACACGUUCGCGAGGAGUUUUUCGGUCUACUCCAAUACCACGUUGCCACCUAUAUGGACAACGACAUCGCUGGGCUGCCUCGGUCGAUUCAAAAGAGUGGGCGCCCUCUCAAGGCGAUUCGCGCACGCCUGAAGUCCAAGGAGGGGCGUCUUCGAGGUAACUUGAUGGGCAAGCGUGUGGACUUUUCUGCUCGAACCGUGAUCACCGGUGACCCCAACCUAGAUCUCGAUCAAGUUGGAGUGCCUAGGUCGACCGCUCGAGUCUUGACCUUUCCGGAGCGCGUCACAGUCUACAACAUCCACAAGAUGCAAGAACUUGUUCGCAAUGGACCGGACCAGCACCCCGGGGCUAAGCACGUCAUCCGCGAGGAUGGCUCUCGUAUCGACUUGCGAUACCACAAGCGUGCGGGUGAGAUUCAGCUCCAGCUCGGCUGGAUUGUCGAGCGACACAUCGUUGAUGGAGAUUACAUCAUCUUCAAUCGACAGCCGUCGCUGCACAAGGAGUCCAUGAUGGGUCAUCGAGUCAAGGUCAUGCCUUACUCCACCUUCCGCAUGAAUCUCUCAGUCACAUCGCCAUACAACGCCGACUUUGACGGUGACGAGAUGAACUUGCACGUGCCCCAAGGACACGAGACCCGCGCGGAGGUCGCCAAUCUCUGCGCCGUGCCACACAACAUCGUCUCUCCGCAGAAGAACGGACCUCUGAUGGGUAUUGUGCAAGAUACCAUGGCUGGCUGCUGGAUGAUGACGAAGAAAGAUGUCAUGAUCGACUACCAAGAGCUGAUGAACAUUCUGCUAUGGGUGCCUUCGUGGGAUGGUGUAGUUCCGCCUCCCGCCAUCAUCAAGCCACAGCCUCGAUGGACUGGCAAGCAAGUGGCAUCGCUCUUCUUCCCCCCUGGUCUCAACUACUUCAUGCCCGCAUCCAAGAACGACGACAACCCGCACGAGGAGAAGAAGGAGAUUCUCGUCCAGAAUGGCGAGAUCAUGUGGGGCCGAAUCUGGAAGCAGGUGGUUGGUGCUUCGCAGAGUGGUGUUGUUCACUACAUCUUCAACGAUCGCGGUCCCGAGGCAGCGGUCGAGUUCUUCAGCGGGUGCCAGCGCAUUGUCUGCCACUGGAUGCUUCAUCACGGCUUCAGUGUAGGCAUCGGUGACACCAUCCCGGAUGAUCACAUGGUGGGCGAGAUCGAAGGCGCCAUUGUCGAAGAGAAGCUUCAAGUCGACAAAUACGUGGAACAGGUGCAGUCAGACGCCAUGGAGACACUGCCUGGUAUGACAAUCCGCGAGACUUUCGAGUCGCAGACCAAGGCUGCCCUCGACAAUGCUCGAAACAAGGCUGGUGACGCAGCUUUCGCCCUGAUGAAGUCGUGCAACAAUGUCGGAGUCAUGGUCAACUCGGGCUCCAAGGGUUCCAGCACGAACGUCUCCCAGAUGACCGCCGCAGUGGGACAGCAGUCUCUCGAGGGCAAGCGAUUGCCGUUCGGCUUCAAAUACCGUGUGUUGCCCCAUUUUCCAAAGGACGAUUACUCGCCGGCAUCACGAGGAUUUGUCGAGAAUUCUUAUCUUCGUGGCCUCACCCCCCAGGAGUUCUUCUUCCACGCCAUGGGUGGUCGAGAAGGUCUGAUUGAUACCGCUGUCAAGACUGCCGAGACUGGAUACAUUCAGCGUCGUCUUGUCAAGGCGCUGGAGGAGAUCAUGAUCAAGUACGAUGGCACCGUUCGAAACUCGCUCGGCGACAUCCUGCAAUUCACGUACGGAGAAGACGGUCUCGAUGCGACAUACAUCGAGUCCCAGCACAUCAACACGAUCGCCUCCUCGCACGGGCAGUUUGAUCGCAAGUACAAAAUCGACGUCAUCAGCCAGAACAAGGAAUUCGCGCUGACUCCUGCCAACCUGGAAAUGGCUGCCGAGCUCAUUGGCGAUGUCGAAAUCCAGCAGCUGUUCGACCAAGAGUACGAGGCCAUCAGCAAUGACAGGCAGAAGAUUCGAAAUGGUCUUGACGAUCCUGAAGAGAAGCGCUACUUGCCACUGAACAUCAAUCGUAUGAUUCAGAACGCGCGGAAUAAGUUCAAGAUCAACGAUAACAGCAAGAGCGACCUUGACCCACGGGAGACCAUUCCCAAGAUUCAAGCCUUGCUCGACCGCCUCAUCGUCAUUCGCGGUGACGACUCCUUGUCUCAGGAGGCAGACAUGAACGCCACACUUUUGUGCAAGGCCAUGUUCCGCUCUCGCUUGGCAUUCAAGCGUCUGGUCAAGGAAGAUAAGCUCAACAAGCUUGCGCUUGACAAUGUCCUUGGCGAUCUUGAGAACAGAUUCCUGCGUGCUCUUGUCAACCCUGGUGAGAUGGUGGGUGUUCUCGCAGCUCAGUCGAUUGGCGAACCCGCUACGCAAAUGACGCUCAACACUUUCCAUUUGGCUGGUGUGACUGCAAAGACUACAACCAAGGGUGUGCCUCGUCUCAAAGAAAUUCUCAACGUUGCCGAGAACAUCAAGACGCCCAACAUGAAAGUGUUCCAGGAUCCAGCGCACGGUCUCACGCAGGAAGGAGCCAAGAAUCUUCGGUCCAUGAUCGAGCACACCAGUCUGCGCAACGUCACGGACGUCACUGAGAUCUACUAUGAUCCAGUCAUCGAAGACACUGUCAUUCAAGCUGACCACGACAUGGUUGAGUCGUACUUUAUCAUUCCGGAAGAGAGCGAGCGGCCUGAAUUGCAGAGCAAGUGGUUGCUCCGUAUUGUGCUUGGUCGUCGCCAGCUUCUCGAUAAGGGCUUGACUGUGACCAAUGUGGCCGACAAGAUCAAGGAGGUUUUCGGCGGAGAUGUUGCGGUCAUCUUCUCCGAUGACAACGCCGAUGAGCAAGUCAUCCGUGUUCGCAUGAUCACUGGCGGACGCGACAAGGAGAAUGAGUCCGAAGAGGAGCAAGAAGACACCCUCAAGCGCCUUGAGGGACACAUGCUGGACACUGUCGUGCUUCGUGGAGUGUCCGGCGUCAAGCGUGCUUUCGUCUCGAACGAAGCGAGAAUGAUCACAAUCGAAGAUGGCUCGCUUGUCAAGAGCAACAGCGUCGAGGCAUGCAAGGAGUGGCUCCUCGACACUGAUGGUGUGAACCUCAAGGACGUCUUGGCAGUUGAGGGCGUUGAUUCCACCCGCACGACUUGCAAUCACUUCCAGACCAUCAUGAAGGUGUUUGGUAUUGAGGGUGUUCGGGCAUCGUUGAUCAAGGAGUUCAAGGAUGUGCUGACCAACGACGGUUCCUACGUCAACCACCGCCACAUGGCCAUCCUCUGUGAUGUGAUGUGUGCGCGAGGAGAGCUGAUGGCUGUCACUCGACAUGGUAUCAACCGUGCCGACACUGGCGCGCUGAUGCGUUGUUCUUUCGAAGAGACUGUCGAGAUCUUGUUUGACGCUGCCUCAUCUGGCGAGCUCGACGACUGCCGCGGUGUGUCCGAGAACAUCAUUCUGGGACAACUUGCGCCCAGCGGUACUGGAGAAUUCGACAUGCUCCUCGACACGGAGAUGCUCAAGUCAGUCGCACCAACUCAGCGUGCUAUGCAUUCUGGUAUCGGUGUCGGUGCUGGCUCUCCCGAGGGCGCCAUGACGCCUUACGACAUCGGCUCGCCUUUGGCAGACGGCGGUUACGCAGGUCCUGACUACGGAGCCAGCUUCUCACCUAUCAUCAACCCUGGUCAGGACGAGGGUGGUGGCCUCACUGCUUACGGCGGCGGCUUCGAUGGUGGUAUGAGCCCGUACCGCGGCGGCAUGAGCCCUGGCUAUGCUCCCACGAGUCCGUUCAACAGUGGAGGCUUUUCGCCCACUUCGCCUGCCUAUGGCUACUCUCCCACCUCUCCUGGCAUGGCUGGAUACUCGCCGACCUCUCCUGGCCAAGGCAUGACCAGCCCGGCGUAUCAAGUCACAUCUCCCCAGUUCUCACCCGCGAGCCCAGCCUAUACGCCAACAUCACCGACGUAUUCGCCCACAUCGCCAGCAUACAGCGGUGGCAGCAAGAUUUCUCCCACAUCGCCAUCCUACUCACCGACAUCGCCGUCGUACUCCCCAACCUCUCCCUCAUACUCUCCUACAUCACCCAACUACAGCCCGACCUCACCUGCGCAUGCCCCUGGCAGCGCUACCUCUCCGAAGUACUCCCCAACUUCACCGACGUACAGUCCGACGUCACCCGCAUACAGCCCGACGUCGCCGACUUACUCGCCGACAAGUCCGAAGUAUGGUAGCGGUGUUGGCGCGAGCGGUGCCUCGCCGACUUCGCCGACAUACAGCCCAACAUCGCCGGUGUACAGCCCGACCAGCCCUGCUCAGAAUGGGUACUCACCAACCUCGCCCGGGCAGAAGCAGAGCCCGACGAGCCCGCAGUACAGCCCAACCAGCCCGCAAUACUCUCCGAACUCGCCGCAAGAUAACUCAGGAUCGUGAACGGCUCGGAGAGAAUUUUGAUUCGCACAUGGAAGAGCACCCAGCACCCACGCGACUCGGAAGGCGUUCUCUUCGCUGAGCCCACGUUUGCACCGAUGAUCGAUGGAUUGUACUGGACACGCCUCUUUACACUUUUUAUCACCCUGUACAACAACGAACUUCGAAAGCGUCUGGUUUCAUGGAGCAUACGGAUCGGCGUUCAAUUGCUUUUGGUUUGCAAUUAUUAGAUUUUGCGCGUCUCGGAAUAGACAAUGAGCUGCGAAUGAGCGAGAAAAUACCACAUCCCCACAACAAAAAAGAAGAUCCGAAGGGGACGGGUGGGCGGAGAACUUCGAUGAAGCGAUGAUUUGGCGGUCUUUCGUUUCGCGGGAAGAAAGAUCGGAGUGGAAU